AUCUUCCUGCAAUCGGUUGAUUUUCGGACGUCUUAAGAAUGACGCCAUGUUCAUCGCAACUUUUUAUCCAGAGUACCGGGUCACCACUGCAUGUCUGUACUUGAGGUGUAAAGCCGAGGUUUGAGUGUUCUGUGAUAUGUGCACUACUGCAUAGAGGUAUGUGCAAACACUUGAAGGGAACCCGUGCUUAGAAGUGUCAACCCACAACAUCUUUCCAAGUCUCGACAUACAACAGUUUGUAAUCAAGUCUUCGAAGCCGAGUUCAUUCCGACGAAGGUACCCCUCCAUCAAGAGUCCAGACCCAUUCCAUCCCAUGCUUUGACAUGAUUAGCGAUUCAAGCGCUCUAAGCCAUCUCCAAGUGCCGUCGUUCCGUCUCCCAAGGACGUCGUGCAACCAACUUUGCAACAUUUUCCUAUCUCUGUGCUGGAUCCAUAUCUUGCGAGCUUGCUGACAUCGAAUUUGAGAGCAAUAAGAUAGCUCUAGAUCAAAGAGCAUUCGCCAUUUUCUUCGAACCCUUGAACUCUUCCACAUUCUUUCCCAAGUUCACCUAGAACCGGCAGUACAUACAGCAAACCCUCGAAGCAGAUUUAUAUCCUCGAUAGCCUGUUUACACAUCACCAUGGCGGUUGAUUACCCUACCAACAUGAUCUGGAGUACCCUCGUAACCAAGAGGGCGUACUUGGGCGGGGCUUUGGUCCUCAACCACAGCUUGAAAAAGGUGGGGUCAAGGUACCAGCUCAAGAUCAUGGUCACCCGCGAAGCUCAGGCCGACAAGGAAUUCAUGGCUGUUUUUGCUGCUGCUGGCAUUCCCACCAUUGUCAUCGAAACUAUCGAGCCUGCACGGCAAGGCAAAGUCAACAAGGCGUUUUGGCAGAAGCUAGCUCCAUGGGCGAUGACCGAAUAUGAGAGAAUCGUCCUCCUCGACAGUGACCAAGUCAUUCUCCAAAACAUUGAUCAUUUGAUGACCCUACAUCUUCCAGAGGGCCACAUUGCAUGUUCACAUGCCUGCACUUGCAACCCCCGCAAGCUUGCCCACUAUCCCAAGGAUUGGGUCCCCCAAAACUGCCCCUUCACCUCUGCCGACCAGCACACCGGCUCCCCAGCACCCAUCACUCCUUCCUCUCCACGCACGCACCACCUUCUCAACAGCGGCACCGUAGUCCUCACGCCAUCAAAACCGCAAUUCGACGCCCUCCUCGACGCCAUCAACACCCACCCGGAUGUCCCCCAUAUGGUCUUCCCCGACCAGGACAUCCUCGCCAUCGUCUACCGCGGCAAGUGGAAGCCGCUUCCGUACGUCUACAACGCUCUCAAACCGAUGCGAGACUGUCACGCGUCCCUGUGGAGGGACGAGGAUGUGAAGAUACUGCAUUAUAUCCUCAACAAGCCGUGGGAGAGCCGCGAUUUUGAUGAGAACGAUAAGGUGGAGUCAACGCAUCGGUUGUGGUGGGGGGUGUGGGAGGAGGUGGAGAGGGAGUGGACGGGAGGGGAGGCGGGUGAGGAGAAGAGGAGGUUGUAUGACAGUGUUUUGAGGUCGGUUGUUGCGCAGGCGUGAUGGAGUGGAAGGUGUUUCUAUUUGGCUUGACAGAAGGGCCUCGGGAAAAGGCGAGGAAAAGACAUGGGAUACAGGGUAUAGAACGGUCAGAGGAGAUGCCUUAACCUAGGCUGGUGGAAUUUUGGCUUACGAAACAGUGAUUACCAAUAACGCGCACUUGGAGGCAUUGAAGUUACAAUAGGGAGCGAAAGCGACGUCUGUCUUACACGCAGGGAGACAGGUUACGGAUAUACGCAUUGGCUUGAAUGUUCUUAUGAGGCUGUUGACGACGAAGAGAUAUCAUCGAUGCGCUUUCGUCACGCAGUACUUGUAGUACGUUACAACCUUCUUUCCUUCCAUCUUCCUUUGAAGAUGCCAAGACGGUGGGGCGGCCACCUAGGCUACCAUCGUCACUUCCUAAUUGAACAAGAAAGAGAAGAGGG